AUGCUCGGUGGGUUGUUUGCCUUCCACUCUCGCAUUGAAAUUCAAGACAGUAACCUAGAAAGCGGUCCGAUAAGGGAGAUAUGCGCAGGUUUCGACUACAAGGGCUUCCGUAGAUCACAGGCCAUGAUAUACGCCAUCGAUGAAAUCAAUAGACGGGGCGAUAUUUUGCCCAAUAUCACCCUUGGGUAUGAUAUACGGGAUACAUGCACGUCAGUUUCGAAGUCUUUGGAAGCAGCGAUCGAUUUUGUCGCCAAUGCCGUGGACGAUGAUUCUGACGCCGCCGAUGAAAAGAGAAUUAUUGGCGUCGUCGGAGCGAGUAACUCGGCGACCUCCAUCUCGGUAGCUAGUGUUCUUGGGAUUUUCAAUAUGCCGAUGAUCAGCUAUAGUUCAACGAGUCGAUUACUUAGCGAUAGAAUACUCUAUAAGUCUUUCUUCCGCACAGUGCCGAGUGAUGCGAUGCAAGCAGUUGCCAUGGCGAGCGUUGUCAGUCAUUUUGAAUGGACGUGGGUCGGCACCAUUGCCGCUGAUGAUUCGUACGGCAGACCAGGAAUUGAACAAUUCAUCCGCGAAGCCGAGAAGCAAGACGUCUGCGUUGCAUUUCGCAAGCUCGUAUCUUCCUAUCCAACUUCUGAAGAAAUAGAGGAAAUUGUUAAAGCCAUCAUGGAAAAUCCUAACGCGAAAGUUAUAGUAACUUUUAUUCAUGUGGCGAAAAUUAAAUUGAUCUUUGAAGAAAUUGCCAAGCAGGGAAUAACAGAUCGUAUUUGGAUCGCCAGUGAAGCAUGGGCGGACAACAACGAGAUAGCGGCGAUGGACCCGUCCAUUAUUGUAGGAACUCAGGGCAUUUUGCUUACUCUUGGCGAGAUCCCUGGUUUUGGUAAAUAUCUUCAAGAACUGAGACCGUUCGGGAGCACCGUGGUGAAUCCAUUUUUAGAAGAACUCUGGGAGACAUCGUUUGACUGUUUACUUCCACAAACUUUACAACUGCUUGACAAUACCACCGACGAGAAACAGGUUUGUUCCAAUGUGAACACGAUCACUGAAACUCCUUCCUACAAACCAACAGGUCUGUGGGGGACGUAUCGAACGUACCUCGCAGUGUAUGCCUUCGCCAAUGCCCUCGAAAAUAUCCGCACCUGCACAGAAGGGGGCGGUUUGCUGGAAGAUGGCGCUUGUCCCGAUAUCAAUGAUCUGCAACCAUGGCAACUGUUGAAAUAUAUAUCAAAAGUGACAUUCAACGGAACUGAUGGACGAUCAAUCCAUUUUAGCGAUGACGGCGACGUCAGUGGCAUGUAUCAUAUCGUCAAUUGGCAGGAAUCUUCUGAUGCCGACAGAGUCGUCGAUUUUAUCAAAAUUGGUUUGUAUGAUGGAGGCGCCCCCAGCGGCAAAGAGUUGACUAUGAACUCAAGCAAUGCUCAGUGGUCGUAUGGGCAAGUCAACAAGCAGGUGCCUGUCUCUGUCUGCAGCUCAGCAUGUUAUCCUGGAUCGAGGAGGGGCGUCAUCCCCGGAGCUCCUAGCUGCUGUUUCGAGUGUCUGCCGUGUAUGGACGGAGAGAUCUCCAAUACUACAGGGUCCACUACCUGCACGUCGUGUCCUGCUGGUUAUUGGUCCAAUAUGAACAAGACGAAAUGCAAAGCCAAAACAUUAGACUACAUGGCAUGGGGCGACGCCGGUGGAAUAGCCGUGGUCACGAUGGCGGUGAUAGGCGAUGUUUUGACGUUGGUCGUAAUCGGACUAUUCAUAAAACAUAUCAACACCCCUAUUGUAAAAGCAUCUAAUCGAGAACUGAGUUUUCUACUACUUGUUUUUAUUAUUAUAUGCUUCUCCAGUGCUUUUUUCUACCUUGGUCUGCCCAACAGAUGGCAGUGUUUUCUACAGAGCCCCCUACGUGGAUGCGGAUUCACAGGUUGUGUCUCUAUCUUACUUGUAAAAACUCACCGUGUGCUGACGAUCUUUGAAGCUAAACUACCCACGUCUCUACAAAGAAAGCGCUAUAUGGGCACGCGGUUGCAACUGCUUGUUGCCACAAUUCUUGUAGCGUUUCAACUGUUGGUUUACAUCAUUACGUCUGUCGUGGUCCCGCCUGUCGUCCAGUAUAAUAACGAGAUAUCAAAAACAGUGACGUAUGUGGAGUGCGUUGACGUCACCAUGUCGGCAAACAUCAUACUGAUUCUCUAUACCUGGGCGAUAGCGGGCGUCUGUCUGGGUUUCGCGUUACGCGCAAGAAAACUCCCGGAGAAUUUCAACGAGUCGAAACACAUUAUGUUUGCGAUGUUUGUUUAUCUUGUCGUUUGGUUGACAUAUUUUCCUGCUUUUUUGUGGACAUUUGGUAAACACAAAGUAAUCGCACAAUGUGUUGUCAUGUUAGCAUCAGCCUACGGGAUGUUAUUUUGCGUUUUUUUCCCCAAGUGUUACAUCAUCUUAUUCAAGCCAAGCUUGAAUACAACCGAAGCCGUCCGAAAAAUGACGAUGCAGCACUCUGCGAAAAAAGUAUCAUCGGCGGUGGAUGCGCGGAAAACGCCCUCAACGCAGUCAAUGUCAAACACGGAUGCUCUAAGAAUACACGCCGGUGGGCAGCAGCAAAACAACAACAAACUUUCGAGAAAAAACAAGUCAUCAUCGUCGGUUAGUUUUAGCGGGAUCGAAGUUUGCAAAAACAGCAAACCAGCGGAAACAAAACGUCAAGAAAUAUAUUCCAAACCUCGGUACGAAAAUGGGGGUAUAGACAAUCCGAUUGACGUCACCGCGGACGAGGGAGAUGAAAUUCAACAUUUCUGUGAAAGUGAUUCGGAUCCAGAAAGCAAAAACUUACCGAUCAUAUUUAGAAUUGGAUCCGUGGCAUUACCAAACGUCGGUGUUCACACUAAUCUCGUGAGCUCAUCGUCAAUUAAGAUACCAGAUUACCAGGAUGGGGACGAAAAAUACAUGGAGGGGCAGCGAGAAAGUGACAAUAUACCGAAAAUAACACACCCAGCGUCCGAGUCCGCUGCUAUCGUCUCUACGACUACGGUUCCUGAUACUGGCAUCAUGGAGAGCCGCGAAUUAUUACAACCUAGUGAGAAAUGUUUAUGUUCUAUGUCGUCAGUAGGGGGUCGACGUUCGGUUGAACUGGGGGAUGAUGAAGUAUUUUUGACGCCCAGCACAAAUUAUGAGUUCUUCAAAAAAUUCCGUUGCGAUUGUUCAAAGUGUGUCCUAAAAGAAAAGACAAACAGGUCUCGAGACACCUCGGCAAAUACCAAAGUUGAACGCCGCAGGGACGAAGCAGCGAACGAACAAUCUUCACUGACUGACCGGUUUUAUGUCACAAUAGAAGCCGCCUUAUAA